AUGAGAAUCGACGUCGUUCCAGCCAUGGUAGCCGGGCAUAGACGGUCUUGCUGGGCUGGGCCGAGGUGCGUAUCAUCAGGCACUGGGCUCCAGCCAGCACGAUAUAUCCGCUGGUGUCGUGUUCAAGUACUCUCCUCUCCACGGUUUCUACGCUAUGCAAACAUCGAAAAGUUCGGUCUAGCUUUUGGAGUUACGAUGCGGAGGCAGUGCCUUGACGAUCUUCCAGACGAGGUGCUCAUUCGGAUCAUGUCUCUCCUCGCCUGGUCGCGCGACUUGAAUCCCUCGUCUCUGGUAAGCAAGAGGUGGGCGCAGCUGGCAAGGCUCGUCACGCACUACUCCUUGGAGUCGAGCAGUCGUGAUGUGGAGCAGGGGCUCAUCCGCUGGUUUGGCCACAACGAUCUUCGCCAGUUAUCCAUUCGGUUCCAGCAAAGUUGCACUCGCUGGCUGCACCAGAUCGGGAAAGGGCUCCACUCAGUCACCAUCUACGGAGGUCCGCAGCACAAGUUCGAGGACUUCUGGUCCAAUAUCUCGGCGUGUCAGGAGCUCCGCUGUCUCCACGUCCACGUCACACAACUCGGCUCCACGCUCGGCAAUGCAACCUUGCCUUCACCGCUGCUGCCCAAUCUCCUCUUCCUCAGUUUUCACAGACCGAUCAACGUGACUGUGCUGCAGCAGCUGCUCGAGAUCUGCCCCUCCCUUCUUGCAGUGCGGAUGGGUACGAUAGUGGUGAGCUCGCCCGGUACCUACGUGCUCAAAAGCCGCAGCCUUGACAGCUGCCAGUCGGAAUUCUGCGAGGGUGAUGGACGCGACAACUUUACGCUUGCACUUGACACACCAAAGCUCCGGUGGAUGUUCUUUGUCGUUCCGCGCAUCCAACUGCAGCCCACUACAUGCAACGUAGAGUGGAUCCGGGUGAGAGAGAGCAUGCGGCAUAUCCAGGGGCUGCGCUACUCCAGGCUCAAAAAGAUCAUCUUCCUCAACCCGUUUAGCAGCCCUGCCCAAGUAAUGGACAAGGUAGCUUUGUGUAGAACGUUGAGCCUGAAGAAGUUCUAUUUCUGCAUCUUUGACGAUGGCAUUCCACCCUGCUCUAUUGAUCUUGUGGCCCUGCUGGAGCCGUUCCAGGGCCUUGAGGAGUUCAUUGUCUCUUUCAUAAGUAUCAAGGUGAAGCUUUUGCUUUUUGUUCCAAUGCCUCACGGUGUGUGUGACUAA